AUGACGACAGAUACGAAGCUAUAUCCGAUGGCGGUGGUCAUUCCGGCCCUGUCGUUCAUCUCAAUUCUCCUGUGCCUCCCGCCACUGGCUCUUCAUGCCAAAAAUCGCAAUUUUCCUGCGGCAGCCCUCAUCUGCUGGGCCAUUCUGCUGAGUGUGUUUAAUAUCAUCAAUGCUAUUUUGUGGCCCACAGAUGACAUUUCAUCAUGGUGGGAUGGUGCCGGUCUCUGUGACAUCGAGGUUAAGGUUAUGGUGGCAAGCUAUGUGGCUGUACCCGCUGCUCUGACUUGUAUCUUCCGCGGGCUGGCAGCAGUGCUGGACACAAGUCGAGCCGUCCUGGUUCCGAGCAAGACCCAGCGCUGGCGCAAUCGGCUGGUGGAGCUUGUCCUCUGCGUUUUCGUACCAACCAUGGCAAUGGUCACCCAUUUCAUCUAUCAGAAAGAUCGCUAUCUCCUCUAUGCCAUCUCGGGGUGUGUCAACAAUUAUGACGAGAGUUGGCCAAGUUUCGUGCUGGCAUGGAUGUGGCCACCCAUUCUCUGCUUGAUCUCUGCAUACUAUUGCUGCCUCGUCCUUAUCCGCCUUCACAGAUACAGAAGCGACUUCGAGGUCAUCCUCCGCUCAUCAAACAGCAACAUGAGCAAGUCCCGUUUCCUUCGACUAUUCUUCGUCGCUUUUACCAUGCUCGUAAUCAUCCUCCCCGUUCAAGCCUAUGUUGUCUACUAUGACCUAUCUCUUUCCCUCCCCUGGCACGCCUACUCCUGGUCCCGAGUCCACCAUGCAUCAUGGAACCAAAUCAUCAAGGUCCCUACAAACGGCAAAGUCUUCUUCGAUCGCUGGACACCCAUCGCCAUAGGCAUCAUCAUCUUCAUCUUCUGCGGCUUUGGCCGUGACGCCAUCCGAGUCUACCGCAUGGUCCUUUGGCGGUUGGGCUUCGGAUACUGCUUUCCCGGUGUGUCGCGUCCGCUGGACUCGCAUGCUACGAUCCAACCUCCCCAAGCCUCGAAUUCAACAACCCUAGUCGACUCACCUCGGCCUCAGAAGAAGUCGCUCUUCAAGUGGCGCAAGAAUGCUUACAGUGAUAUCGAGAAGGGUCCUCGGCAGUCUUCUUGUGUCAAUUCCGAUGUCCAUUUCCGCAACAUGCCCUGGUAUCGGGCACCCUGGUCCUUGUUCAAUCACCGCUUUGCUCGAGGCCGUGAUCAAGUUGUCCUGCUGAAUGAUAUUACUGGGCCCGAACUGACGGUUUGUACGAAUGCUUGGGCGGGGACCAGUGCGAGUCGUCCCAGUAGCGAGUUUUCGGGGAUCAAUACAUCACCUACUCCGGUGGAUUCUAUUCAUAUCAAGCAUGUGAUAUCCCAGCAGAGUGAGAUUCAGCUUUGA